CCUGAUUGUGAGGGCAUUACUGGUCCACCUACUACUCCAUCUCACUCCACCACCACCACAACCCAUCAGCCCACACUCCCCUAUCCCACCCUGGCUAGAUAUCUCCCACACGAUGUCCCUGUACAUCCACGACCUCCCACACAAACCAACCUCCAGCAACGUGGCGGCCACACACUUCCUCAAGAUGGACAGGUCCCUCUACCACCACCACUUGAAAAUCUUCACCGAUGGCUCCCACUCCCCAUCUCCACCCUCCACUGCCUCAGCCAUAUAUGACCCCAGCACCAGCACCUGCAGGACGUGGAGACUACCCCCAGAGACAGACGUCCUGACGGCUGAGCUCUACGCCCUGCACCAGGCCAUCGCAUACCUUCACACUACCCAUACCAAGGGCAAGGCUGUCAUUUACACUGACUCCCUCUCCUCACUCCACCUCCUCCGCUCCCGCCACCCAACAUCAUCGACGGCCCUAGCCCACACCAUCCAGCGAGCCCUCCUCCUCCUGACAUCCGAGGGGUGGGAGGUCACCCUGCAGUGGGUGCCCUCGCACUCCGGCAUACGAGGCAACACUAUAGCAGACGCCGCCGUCAAGAUGGCCCUUGCGGAGGUAAACAUCACGCCGCUCCCACUACCACUCUCCACAGCCAAAUGCCUUAUCUCCCGCACCUCCUGGGAUGACACGCUCGCCAACACCCUCCGCACCACAACCAUGGGCCAAUACCGCACCAACUCCUCCCCACAGCCGUGGGUGAGAAAAAAAUCCCGCGUCCUAGACGUGGCCUUGACGCGCCUCCGCCUGGGCCACACACGUCUCGGCGCUCACCUCCACCGCCUGCGCCUCGUCCCCGACCCUCACUGCCCCUGGUGCAGGACCGUCGAGGACACCAUUGAGCACCUGCUGCUGCACUGCCCACGCCACCACUCCCAGCGAGUGUUGCUCCGACACCAACUCCGCGCCCUGGACGUGCCCACCUUUGACCUGCCCACGCUGCUGGCGGCGGCAGGAGUCCACCCAUCACGACAGGAAGCUGUCACCCGCCUCACCUGCGCCUUCCUCAGGAAGACGGGGCAGCUGACGCGCCUGUGAAGCCCUCACAGGACAGCACCAGGGCUCAUGUGAGCGACUAGAUCGCCGCGGCCCUAAACAACAACAACAACAACAACAACACUCACCUGUGCCUUCCUGAGGAAGACGGGCCAGCUACAACGUCUGUGAGCACCUCACAGGACUUCACCAGGGUGAAUAAGGUCUAACAGACCUUUACAGCCCUCACAACCACCAAGAAGAAGACGACUUGUCAAGGUGCAAGCUCCCACCCAUGGGUCACCUCAGCGCUCACCAGACCAGAUCUUCAGCAAACUGUACUUCUUGGGCUCCAGAGGCCAUGGUUUCAUGGCCUGACUAGUUCCUAGACACUGAAGAAGAAGAGGCAAGCUGCAGCAGUGCAGCUGGACUUCGGAAUUCGAAAAUGGAACCUCCUCAUCCUCAGUGCCUUAUUCAUUGUAAAAACGAUGACACUUGUGGUGAAUUGAAACAGUUGAGUGAUGUAAGAUCUCUCCACUGUACUAGUCUCUGUGGUUGCUGUAACUGCCUGAACAUGUUCAAAGAAAUAACAUCAGAGAGCGGGGAGGAAGAAAUUCAACAGCUAGAUGAUGGGGAUGGAAUGUAGAGCACAGAAGAUUGCUUAAAUAUGGAGAAGACCAAUAUGAUACUAAGAGGAACGGCCAGCAGACUGGACAAAAGCCAUCAUUGUUCCAGUUUACAAAGGGAAGGACAGGAGAGGGGACUGUGGGAUCUAUAGAGGUAUAAGUCUGUUGAGUGUACCCGGAAAGGUAAACGGAAAAGUCAUAACAGAGGGUUCAACGACUUACAGAGGAGAAAAUCAGUGAAGAACAAGGUGGCUUCAGAAAGGGAAAAGGAUGUUUGGAAAAAAUAUUUUCCUUCAGGAUGGUAAUAGAAAAAAAUUAAAAAGAAAAAAAAUAUACGCUGCCUUCAUGGAUUUGGAUAAAGCUUAUGACACAGUCGGUUGGGAAGUCUUAAGGUAUAUGAUGUGGGAGGAAAACUGUUUAGUGCAAUAGUCAUUCUAUGAGGCGGCAUCUGCAUGUGUCAGAAUUAAUGAAGAAACAAGUGAACAUUUUGAGAUAAAAUUGUUUUUGAGGUA